AUGAAGAGACCCAAACAUGAAGAUGCCCCAGGCUCCGAAUCCCUACUAGUAGAAGCUCAGGACACUAAACCAAUCAGGUCGAGAGCCAGGAAAGGAGGGCUCUCCCUCUUACCCACCAUUAGCUUGGAUGUUCUUUUCGAAAUUUUCGGGUUCCUGAAACCGCUUGACCUCCUCAAUCUAGCUCGCACCUCUAAAGCUUUUCGGAAUUUACUUAUGCGAAAAUCGAACGCUUUCAUUUGGAGAGCCUCGCGGUCACUUAUCCCGAACCUCCCCGAAUGUCCAUCAGAUCUGAGUGAGCCACAGUACGCUUGCCUUGCAUUUGAUCCACACUGUUACCGUACAGAACUGUCGUGGAAUCGGUUUCAACAUCAUCUGGCAGUUUCGAGCAAAAUAUUGCGGGCCGUGUCUGAGAAUCCAUAUAAAGUACGAAGGUUCACGGAGAUGAUCCAAACAUCGCAGUACGAGGCUCUCAGCCUUCGGCUCAACGGCUUAGAUUGUGCUGAACAGACGCUAGUCAUCGAAGAAACAAAGAAGGCCGUGCGUGCUAUUCGCGAGGUACGCCACAUUUCACUUGCAGGUUUCAAAAUCGUAAAUGAUGUGGCCUUGAAGCAUGCUGAUGCUUGCAAAGCAUGGCUCUCUGGAGUCAACAGGGCCCGAUCUGAUGAGUUACACCAGAUACGAGAGGGCCGAAAACGAAUCAUCAAGGAGUGGUUAGAAACAGAAGGGUGGAAACCUGAGAUCGAUUAUCAUACUUGGUGGAAAAUAUCCAAACAUCGUGCCAUCAAAGAUUCGCGGCCUCUUACUGCUCGAAUUUGGAGCCGCAUCCGCCCAAUUCUAACGGAAUAUAUGUUAGAAAUGCGGACCAUCCGCAUGGAAGAAACGCUUUAUAAUUCUCGUCGGAGGAUUCUCCUCCAGGCAUGGAACGAUUUCUUGGCUGAACCAGCAUCAUUUCCAAACACUGAUGUCGACGUAUUACCUCAUGUCGCUGACGUUGCGCGGUUCAAACCUUUCGACGACAUCAUCAAAUUACCUGCCCAUGUCGUAGUAGAGCGUGAUACCUUUUUACCGGCUUUUGUCGCUCUCCCUAACCUAGUGAGGAACUGGCGGAGACAGGUCGAUCAACAGCUCGCUGCAAUCAUCACGAAUGGGUAUCCAAAGGAAUAUGCGCCAGUUGGAGACAUUCGCCAACUUGCAACCAGUGUUUUUGUCUGCAACGCAUGCGAACAGCUCUUCUUCUGGAUUGAUGCUGUUGCACACAACUGCAGCCUUGAUUUUCCAAGAGGCUCAAGCAAAGAAAGGAAUGAUUCUUUUAAGGAACAAGUGGCCCGCAUCGCGUAUUAUUCGCUCGGUUCUUCUCCAUGGUCUCCGAAAUUCAGGUCUUCCACAGUACUCGCCAUUCAUGUCAUUCGCAGUUGCUGUCAGGAUCCUCGGACUGCUACACUUACACACAUGGACAGCACAAGCACCCCGUUUUACUGUUUCGCAUGUCAUCCUGAUGGCAAGACUGUCAUGCAUUGGAGGAAGGGUGUAUGUUCUGCGUUCUUGGUUUCACUUUUGGUAUCUGAAACCUUUGCAGCUCGAACACAAUCACUUACACAACAGUCAAGCUUCCGAAGCUAG